AUGCUGCAGACCCUAGAGAUCUCCCUAAUCGACACGGGACGAUCACCUAAACGUGCCCGCGCCGACGAAGACGAUCCCCAGUCCUUGACUGACUCGGAGGCGCGCAGCGGCGAAAGGAACACUAUAGACGAUCUAGACUCGCGCCCCCGCAUCCCGCUCCCUCAACGCUCCAUCUGGCCCAGCCCGACCGCACCGCCAACUUUUACGGACGAGAACCCCCAUAUCCAAACAUCGAGACGCGGAGACCCCCCAACGGCCCGCCCUACCGACCAGUCGGUCGAAUUCCUAGACGUGGUCUUCCCCAGAAUCGGACUUAGUAUGGCAGAUCUGUUGGAAGGGAUGGAGACGGCCCAAACUACGCCGGUUCUAGCUAACCCAGGCGACUUUCUCGCCAUAGUGCCCUUCAACGCGGGACAAGACCUCUUCGCCGCACGCCCAACGCUUCACGCCGACAUUCUGGAGUUCAUCGUGGCCCUCCGUAUUGACGUCGGACCGCCGUCUGAGUCGGUAGGGAACGCUAAACGGCGACUGGACACGCAUCGCCCCCUCGCUAAGAAGAAUUCAAGGCGCUCGUUCGACAAACCAUGGACAAUCCUCCUGACUGGCUGCAACAGCCACGAACGCGCCUACCUGCUAUAUCAACAGACUUUCGCAGUCAAUGAGGACAUCUGCUUCCACGUUCUGUCCUUCGACCCGAAUUACUACGAAUGGACCAUUAUGCAUAUCUCCGGGGACGCGGUCAGGGCCGCCGAAGACCAGGAAGCCCUACCGGAAGUCAAGAACGAGAUCCUAACCGCCAUCAAGACGGUCCUCUGGAAGGACAAGCCCUUCCGGAACUUCGUAGAUCAAGUUCUUCGCGCUGCCGGCAUCCCCGGCACGGUCAAUGACCGAGUCGCCUACGCCACGAGCUCGUUCACACUCACAUACAUCCCCCUUCGCAACCAACAGGGGAGGCUCGACCCCGUAAUGCAACUCAUGGGGCGCCCGAUCGCAACGAACUAUGACGAACACCGCCGCUGGCUCGCGCUUAUUCGCAAACCAAGCUACUACGUCAAGGGCGGACUGAAGAAGCUGCUCAUAGAAAAGAAAGACAUCGAGUGCGCCCUUUGCAAAUCCGUCACUCACCCGGCAUGGGACUGCCCCUUCCCGAAGAUAGCAGGCUGGAGCGGCCCAACGGAGGCGAAGCCCACCCGCGCGAGGAGCAACAACGACAACGACCGAGGCAACAUGCACCCUGGGAGAGGCCGCCGGGGAACCUCCAGAGGCCGAGGAGGGGCAAGAGCCUCAAACAGACGCGGGGGAUGGGAGACCGUAACCCGAUCCCAGUACGGCAACCGGUGGUAA